UCAGGAUAUUGUCAUAAGAAUUUUCAUAGUGGAAAUAUCUCGCAAGAUGCUUUUAUUUCAGAUUCUGGAUUAACAGGACCAGCAGAUAAGCAAAAAUCAGAUGAUCAAAUAUAUGGAGUAUUACCAUAUAUCGCCCCAGAAGUCUUGAAUAGAGAACCAUAUACUUUAGCUUCUGAUAUCUACAGUUUUGGUGUAAUUAUGGCUGAAUAUUCAUCUGGAAACCCUCCAUUUUAUAAUAGAAAGCAUGACGUAUAUUUAGCAUUAGAUGUUUGUAAUGGACUUCGUCCAGAUUUUGGAAAAGGAACUCCUGGAUUUUAUAAGAAAUUAGCUUAUAGGUGUAUGGAUGCAAAUCCAAAUCAAAGACCAACAGGCGAUGAAUUGCAUGAUAUAUUAUAUGAUCCUGAAGCGAUCGAAAAUAAUAAAAAUAAAAACAUUGAAAUGAUUCAAUCCGAAAGAAAUUAUUUUAAUAAGGGAAAAAAUAAUUUGAUGUAA